GAGAGGAAGAAUGGCCCUUCUCACGGAUCUUCCGGAUGACAUUCUGCUCGAGAUUCUAGCUUACUUCGAGCACUCCAAACGGGACUUGCUAAGGGUCUCAAGCACAUGCCGUCGAUUGCUUGCUCCCGCGCGGACUCAUAUCUACCGAACCGUUGACAUUCUAGUCUACUCCGCCCGUUCGUUUAAUCCAGGAGACAUCCGUAUAAAAAAGACCGGCGUGAUCCCCCGGAGUGGUAAUCCGGAGCCCGACUGUAAUACUCUCUAUCUAUUGCUCCGCAGUCUUGACAACAAUUCGUCAAUCGGUCGUCUGGUAAGAAGUCUCUGCCUCUCCUGGAACUCGUUCCCCAGUAAAAGCCUGGAAAAUGCCCGUGAGCUGGAAAAGCUGUUCAAAGCCUUGCCGAACCUGAGACACCUUGAAAUUUCAGACAAGAAGUUUGCAAACAACUUCAAUCAGCAAGGACCUGACUAUCCCGACCAUACCAAAUACAUUCUUGAAGAGAGUUCAAAAUAUCCGCUGCGAUCAUACGUAUUAGAUUUAGGUCGACUUACCUCGACCAAGCUAGCAUCAGCUAUGAUCCUGCCGACCGUCGAAACGAUCACCACUCCACGCUUCUGCGACAUUGGGCGCGGGACUGGGCCACUCACUAUUCUGGACCCCAAUCUGGAAGAUUUCUUCGCAUCUCGAUUGUCUGCGCCCUCCAACCUCAAGAAUCUUGAUUUGGGAACAUACCGGAUCUCAUUACCAGUCCUCGAAGGAAUCCUCAACUUUGCCCCGAAGCUGCAAAGGCUAAAAGCAACUCUACCAGGCCGGAGCUGCCGCUAUCAAGAUCGCGACUACGGCCUUGUAGCGUCAGAUCGCUGGCUCAAUCCAUCCACGAUCUCUCGAGCUCUCCAACCCGUGCACCAUACCCUAGAAGAGUUAACCAUGGUGAACGAUCGUCGCGCUUGGGCAGGCACCGACAACACCAGAGCAGACUUCACUGGAUUCACGAAACUUCGUAAAAUGUGUGUCGCGCCCGGGUUCUGGUUCAAAUGGGGCGCAUUCGCAUACGGAGAGCACAUGAACAUCGACCACGGCUUUGUUGCAGACCAUGAGGAUCGCUGUGGGUUGUGGGAGCUGCUACCGCCAAAUUUGGAAGAAUUAGAGAUAUACUUUCAAUUCUAUUCCGGAAUCUUCUGCGUCUCUAUCCCUCACGUCACGAAACUCGAGAACAUGCUAGACAUGCCUUCUAAACACUACCACUGGAUCCAAGAACUCGCAACUUUUAAGUCAACCGCCUUCCCUAGCCUCCGCUCCGUUCGUCUGAUCGAGCAAGUGUUGACAGGCUUAACUGUUGGAGACGGCAUCUCCUUCGAAGAGAUGGCCUGGACGCCUCCGAAAGACUUGCUGGACUCCUACACCGAGGCAGGUGUGGAGCUCAAGGUCCAGCUGAGGAGUAACUACAGGGUCAAAGAGGUGGAGAUGAAGUCGUGCUGUGCGGUCGCCAGCGCUUACGGGCGUUCGUGCUGUGCGGAUACGAGCUGAGAUUCUUAGCAGCCAAGCAUUUUGUCACUAUAAACAUCGUAAGAUGCAUGGAGGAGAGCUAGUCUGUGAGAUCUGGGCUGGACGUUAGCAUGCUACUAGAAGAGAGUGAGAAUUAGCUGAGUCUCGGGUAGGGUCUCGUAUCAUUGACGUCACCAUCGACUUCGCCAUUUCGAUUGGCGCGUCUUUUUACAUUCUGUAUCCUAUUACGCCUAACCUCCUCUUAUUAUCAGCAAAGAGGAAAAACAAAAAGAGUAGCGCCUAUAAGCAUGAAUCAAGUGUUCCCUCCCACUUAUCUGCACCCAGACCAGGCAAAAAAGAACUUCCUCGGAGCAAAACACCACCCUCUUUCGAGGGU